AUGGCGCCAAAAGGAAGGACCUCCCAGCAGCUGUCGGUGGAUGUUACGGCAAUGGAUGCUCAGAAACCUGCGGCCGGCGCUGAUGAGAUUCCGGAGCUGCGGCGAGGAUGCACGAUCCCUUCGGGUCGGUAUUUAGCCAAUAACCUCCCGCCCCUGCAUAGACUGGGAGAUAUUUUCGCUGAUAUGGCAUCGAAGGCCCUGGAAUUGGGUUUUGGAAAUGUCCUCUCCCAGCUCGGCAGUCGACCACUUCGAGUUGCGACGAUGUGCUCAGGAACGGAAGCCCCGCUUUUGGCCCUGGAAUUGAUUCAGACGGGUUUGGUAUCGGACCAGCAACUUCGGAUUUCGCACGUUUUCAGUUGCGAGAUUGUACCGUCCAAGCAAUCAUACAUUGAACGGAACUUCUGCCCUCCUCUCCUCUUUCGAGACAUUACAGAACUUGGAGGAAACGAGGCGCGGACCGCCUAUGGUUCAUCGGAAUUGAUCCCCGGUAACCUCGAUAUAUUAGUUGCUGGCACCGCCUGUGUCGAUUUUUCUUCGCUGAACAACCUGCGCAAAUCGCUGCAACAAGGCGGCGAGUCUGGAGCCACGUUUGACGGUCUGCUGCGGUACACGGAGAAAUAUCGACCCCGAAUGGUCAUCCAGGAGAAUGUCCGGACUGCGCCCUGGGAUCAGAUGAUGGGAAAGUGGGAGGAGCUCGGAUAUAUGUCAGUGCAAGCCAACGUCGACACUAAGCACUACUACAUCCCGCAGACACGCGAGCGCGGGUACAUGGUGGUUAUUGACAAGCGCCGCUUGGAAGCUGCGGGCCUGCUUGGAGACCCCAUAGACCAGAGCGGCAUUCAAACCGUCGCUCAACGCGUUCGUGAGCUUGUUGAUCAAUUCAGACGACCAGCAAGUGCGCCUGUCGGUUUGUUUUUGCUAGACGAUGAAGACCGCCGACUCGAGCUCAUCGAGAUGAGAGCCCGCCUUGAGUCCCGAAGCGAAACCAGCUGGGACCAGUACAAGAAUCGCCACGAUCAGCACCGUCGCGACCUUGGACUAGGCAACGAAAGGCCAAUCACUCGAUCCCUGCCCGGAGUCAAUGAUUUGAAGGCACCGGACUUCUAUUGGCAUCGUUUCUGGCAGACACAGCCGGAAAGAGUUUGGGAAACUGUGGAUAUGAAUUUCUUGAGGCGCAUGCUUCAGUCAUAUGACAUGAGUUUCAAGGAGCGUUGGAUCGACUUGUCUCAGGGAGUCGAUCGAGGUAAUGACAGCCUUGCCGGGGCUGGGAUCGCAGGUUGCCUGACGCCAAAAGGCAUACCGUAUGUGACCACCCGUGGAGGCCCCGUAUCUGGCACGGAGGCUCUUUCACUGCAAGGUCUGCCUCUCGAUCGAAUGCUACUCACGAGAGAAACCCAAGCCGAUUUGAUGGAUAUGGCAGGAAAUGCGAUGUCGAGUACUGUCGUAUGUGCAUUCAUGCUGGCUGGUCUGAUAGCCGUGCAUCCAAUUCUUGACGACAUGGAGGAGAGUUCAACCCAGUCUCACGACACGGAGGCCAAGUCCCUUCUCGUACCAAACGAGGUCUACAACCUUGUGAGAAGCAACCUCCAAGUCGUCGAAGCCUCCCUUGUCGACCAUCUUGUCCUCAAAGCCAAUGCAGCGAGUAGUGUGAUGUACUGCUCCUGUGAGAGACAGACUGGUGUUCAAGAUGCCAUUUUCAAGUGCACAUUGUGCGGACACACCGCUUGCAAAUCCUGUCAUGGAAAUCCCACGCAUUCAUAUCUACAUGUUGUCCACCUCUCUAGACAAAAGCCGUCAGAGUUUAUAGCGAAUUUGAAGGGACUUCUUCCCAUGAAGCUUAUGCUGUCUGGUUUGUCUGAAAUGGACUUCGAGAGAUUCAGGACCCUUUACCCAACCGAAAUUCUCCUCCAAUUCUGGAAUGAUUUCAUUCAAUGCGUUAAGUCAGCCGUCUGCGAUGUUUUCCGUUUCUUCGAGAUCAAACGCGGAAGAAAAUGGCGAGUUAUCUACGACGGCACGUACUCCAGCCUGUUCCUCGAUAUUGGCCCGGACACAAUCCAAUGGACUUUGUACGCAAAGCCCCCGAAGUCCGCGAACAUGAGAAGUAUCAUCCGAGAAAUACUAGCCAAGCCAAUUGCAAGAAUGAGUCCAAAUCCAGGCUCGUUUGUCGAUGGUGAAUGGGAAAUCUGUUCGCCCGUGAGUACAUCAUUCUCACUUCUGAUUUCCGGUCAAGGAGACCAGGUUCCAUCGUUUCAAGCCAUGUGUGGUCUGAAAGAUGCUGAUUAUGAGAAUGGAAAAGUCUGGACUCGCAUUUCUGUUGAAUUACCAGAAAAAGAUGUGGCGAUUCUUGAGUUCGACAUCCGAGGAAUCUACACAUUCCUUCCUGAAUGUGGAACAGCCCUUGGGGCAUUGUACCGAAAGGAAGCUACUGCCACUGUACCUCCAAUCUUCUUGUUCCUUGACCCGAUGAAAGUUGGACCACCCGAUGAAGAUGCCUGUGUGUUUGCCCUUGACCAUAGCCGCCUCCCAGGAUAUGAUGUGAGAAUGACAAUUGCCGAGUUAUCCCCAACUUGGAGGUCCUUGAAUGUAAAACCAGAUUUGGAAGAGGUCACUGCUUUCUGUCGUCGAUGGGCCAAUGCUCCUCAAGCUCGGUUGAACCUUUGUACUGCUGAGCAGAUUACGAUUGACACGUUACAACACGGGAUCCAGAUCUCAAUUGAGAACCAGGAUUGCCAGGAUGCUUGUAUCACUCUCACCUUGCUGUCGGCGUCAACAACGAUUAUUGACCUGCCUGAAACAACUACCGAUUGGCAAGCCUGGAAUCCCGAGGUCUCCACAAGAGAAUUGAAAAGCCUCGCUUGGUUAUUCCCCAAGAUAGCUGGGUGGUCAGACUAUCAAGACUGGAGCGAAAUCACCCAUUCAGACCGCUCAAUGGAUGAUCAUGACGUGAAUGAUAAUUGUAAGAUUUGCAAUCCACCUACGCCUACCAUCCUUUGGGGCCGUGACAAGAAGGACCGUAUCACCCCAUAUGAAAACCCUCAGGAAGCAGCCAUCUACGAGCGUGCCAUCAAAUCCCGACCCUCCCCGUUUUUGGUAUUCAGACGAAUCAAUGAACACGGAGAGACUGAAUUGCGGUUUACACUCAAUAUUCAAGCUCUGACACACCAGGCACAUGGAAAAUUGCUUGGCAGUACAGGCACUGAGAUAGGAAGAGCUCACUGGCGACUUCUUCCUCAUGCAUACGACAUGAGCCAACGAAGACCGGGUAGAUUCACCUUGAUGAACAACAAGGACGAUGAUCUGGCGCCACCGCCUCCAAACUUCCAACUCUCUCUCCGUGAAGAACAGCUUCGAUCAUUGGCCUGGAUGAUUUCACAAGAAUCCACAGGCAUAGAACCAUUCAUGGAAGAGGAAGUGGAAGAGUCGAUUCUCCCAUUGAUGCCCUGGCGUGCUGAAGUCAAAGUAACAAUGCCAAAAGUCGUUCGCGGUGGGGUGCUAGCCGACGAGGUUGGAUAUGGUAAGACGGCUAUCAUUCUUGGUCUUAUCGACGCUCAGUACGAAAGAGACUGCAAACUCCCCGCUGAGGACCAUGGGCUGAUUCCUACAAAUGCAACCUUGAUCAUUGUACCCCACAACGUGUUCUAUCAGUGGGCUUCGGAGACCAAAAAGUUCCUCGCAAAUACCUACAACGUUUUGGCAAUAUCAUCAAUGUCCAAUAUCAAGAUUCAGGACGUUCAAAAUGCCGACAUCAUUAUUUUGUCAUGGAAUGUCGUAGUGAGCGAUUCCUACUAUGCCCGACUUCAAAAGUUCACCGGUACACCAAAAGCUCCCACAAAAAUGAGCGGAGGAACAGGUCGAAAUUUCGAUAGCUGGUUCCACGACGCUCGCGCUUCCUUGCGGGAGUCUGUUGACAUACUAAGAACUGAAGGGCCUGAGGCGAUGCUCCAGCAAUUGGAGGCCAGACGUCGCCGAGUUCACGAGGCACAGGCCGAUUUCACAUACGUGCCUUCCAGACGCCUCCGUGGUCAAGCAUUUGCUGAUGCUAAUACCAAUGCCAAUAAUGACGCGAAAGCUUUUGAGGAUUGGCAUUCUGCAUCUGAUUCAGGAUAUGAAGAUUCUGUUCAUCCCGAUUCAAAAGAUCAAAACCAACCAUCCGGCCUCGAGGGCCAGCGAAAGCGCAGGCGCGCGGUGAAGUCAGUAGAAAACCAAGAAGAAAAACGACAGAAGACCUCUUCACCCAAGACCAAGCGAAGCCAGACAUCCAAGGUCAAGAGAGGCCAAGCCAAGAGUAUCAAAGAUGACCGCAAGGAUUUCAAUAUUCGCAAGGGUCCCGGUCAAGACUGGCGUACGGUGAAAGGCGCAUUUUUGCACGCUUUCAGCUUCAAUCGUUUGGUCAUCGACGAAUACACAUAUGCCGGGGAAGAAAAACAAACCUCUCUGCUGUCAUUGCAAGCACGUUCUAAAUGGAUCCUCUCCGGGACGCCAGGUCUUGAUGAAUUUGCCGACAUCAAGAGCAUUGCAGGUUACCUCGGUAUUCACCUUGGGAUAGAUGAUGAUGGGGAUACCGACCGACCGAUGAAGAACAGCAGACUGCGAAAUAUCCGGAAGAAUCACACAGCCGUUGAAGCGUUCCAGUAUUACCAGGCCCCUCAUAGCAACGCAUGGUACCAUAACCGCCGAGACCAUGCCCAAAGAUUCCUCUAUCGAUUUGCGCGUCAAAACAUCGCCAACAUCACCAACAUUCCAUUGACGAGAAACCUUGUCAUCAUCGAUCAGUCGCCCGCUGAAAAGAUAAUGUAUGAUACGUUGUUCGAAGCGAUCAGAAUGCAAGAGAGGAAGGUGAUUGGGCCCCUGAAAUCUAUUCUUUCGAUGAAACAGUCGGGCGAAAAAUCUCUCAUGAUGUGCUGUGUGACCACUCAGGUCGGAGAGCCUCCCUGGACCCUUGAGAAGUGCCAGAAAGCCUUGAGCAAUACCGAAACCAAAACUCCUCAGGUCUGGAACAAAGUGGGCUUGCUGGUUCGACAGGCAGUAGCUGUGUGGAAUCGCGUGACGGACGACAGCGAAAGAGAUGACACAGAUGAUACCUCGCCCGACGCCUACCGAGCCUCCUUGAUUGAGGCUGCACAAAAGGACUUCGACACAGAAGUCAGUCAGGAUUUUGCCAGUUGCUUAAAUAAUGCGUUCGGGUCAUAUCGCUGCUGGGAAGAUUCUCAGGAAAUUGAAGGACUGGUUGAAGGGAGAUUGCAGAAGGCCUUAGAUGUGGUCAGGGCAAGACGUCUCCAAUCGAAAGAUCGGGGAAGACCAGAUGAUACUCUCGAAUCAGCAAAGAGAAAUGUUCGCAAAAACUUGAACACUGAGAUCCUUGCUCAAUUGAAACAACUUGUUGAACUUGGGCGCUCGUUCCGACUCCAUAGGCAACUGCACGACAUCCAAGUCUCAACAAUUCUACAAUGCCAAAGACAUGGCUGCCAACAUUCUGAGCUGGAUGAUGAUGAAAUAAAAAUUCUCCAAUCCUGUGGGCACACUCUCUGUAAACCCUGCAUUGAGGAACGAAUCGUGUGCCCUGUCGAGGGAUGCAAAGGCCGUAUCUCAGGAUCCAAGAUUAUCUCCCGCGCCGAUGUGUUUAACGAGGCUCAAGCACUCCAUUCCUCCAAGCUCAAUAAGCUUAUCGAGCUUAUUAACAGCCUUCCGCAGGAUGAGCUUGUCAUAGUCUUCAUACAAAGUCCUCCUCUGCUGUCAAUCACUUCUGAAGCUCUCAAAGCCGCGGGCAUUGACCACCGCAAGGUCACCAAGACCACCAUGGGAGGGAUCAGUGACUUUAUUGAAGACCCCAGACCCAAGAGGGGGACGACAACAACACCUUCACGCCCUAAGGCCUUACUUCUGGAACUGGGAAGCUCAAUGGCUGCUGGAUUGAACCUCCAAUGCGCCAAUCACGUCAUCUUCUUAUCACCAUAUCUCGCCUCUUCGCAGCAUGAAUACGAAUCUAGCAUGACGCAGGCAAUUGGUCGUGCCCGACGUUUCGGUCAAAAGAAGACCGUUCAUGUCUACCAUCUGCUGGUCAGGAAUACAUACGACGUCAACAUUUACCAAAAGGCUCAUGGAGGCAGACUCAUUGAGCGCAACGGCAUUCCAGCUCUAGUACCAGAGAGAGAGGUCUUACCAAGUGACAUCAGAUACGAAGGGAAUGUUUUACCAGAACAAUUCGAUGUCUGA